UUAGAUGUACAUAAUCCCUGAGUUGACCCAGAAAAUAGGCAGUCGUUUCAAGAUCUGAUGCGGCAGUCUUUGUGCAUAGUCCCCGUUUGAGCAUGAAGUGUAACCCUGUGGAAUACAGAUUGUAAUCCAGAGGAACCUCGCCUUGCAGAACGAAACCUGAAUAAGAAAUUGUAGCACUAGCAAGUCGCUCAACUUUACAACCCGAGCGGAUUUGGUAAGGCGGCAUGGCGGACCACCUGAUGAUGCCCAUGAACCACGGUUCGACGGGCGGCGGUCUCCACGGCUACAGGAUGGGCAUGAACGGUGGCCUGCAGGCAGGUCACCAGCAGCACGGCGCCCAGCCUGGCAUGAGGGCGCUGCCCAACGGCCAGAUGAUGCAGCACUACAGCGGCGGCGGUCCGCAGCAAGCCAACAUGGAGGCGGCCAUGAGGCAGAGACAUGGCAUGGUAGCUGGGAUGAACGGAGCCCAGAUGGGCCACCACCACCAGAUGACCCCUGGGAACAUGAUGUACAACGGUCAGGCACAGCAGCAACAGCAUCAUCACAUGCACCAGCAACCGCAGCAGCAACAACAACAACAACAACAACAGCAGCAGCAUCAACAACAACAACAGCAGCAGCAACAUCCACAACAGGCCCAGCACCCGCAACAGCAACAACAGUUCAUGAACGGGGGAAUGACGUCCCAGCAGCUCAUGGCUAGCAUGCACCUGCAGAAACUCAACACCCAGUACCACGGACACCCACUGGGGCCUAUGAACGGGAACCACAUGGGGGGCGGGCCCCAGUACCGCAUGGGCCCGGCCCAGCUGGCUAACAUGCAGCACAUGGCAGGCCCGGCCCUGGCCCUCAACGGCAUGGACGCGGACAUGAUCGACGAGGAGGUGCUGACCUCCCUGGUCAUGGAACUGGGCCUCGACCGGGUCCAGGAGCUCCCCGAACUCUUCCUGGGUCAAAAUGAAUUUGACUUUAUCUCUGACUUUGUGAGCAAACAGCAGCCCAGCACAGUCAGCUGCUGAGGCGCAGAGCAGCUGCCCCUGACUGUACUUAUGAGAGAAGAGACGCCGGGGAGGGAGGGGGGGGGGGGAGGGGGGAACGGAGGCGCGAGACUUGUGCUAAUGGCUAACCGCUCGGAUCUCUCGUUUUCGUGUGCCUCUCUCGGUACCCAGGCCAGGGUGCAGUGAGAGGGGGAGAAGAGAGGGAGGCUAACUCUGGAUGUGCUACGAGACAGCGCUGGGGGUUUCGUUAGUGCCGACGGCCCACACACGCGGCUCUUUAUCGGGUUUGGUCCUGCCCCCUGCCUCCUCUCUCCUCUCUCCAGGACAUGAAUGUAACAAACUGCUGAGACCCCCCUAGAAGCCACUCACGAUCAAUGUUAAGACGCUGUGUUGCCUCUCAUCCUGGACUGUAUGGCAGUUUAGCAGUAAAAAAUGUAUUUAUUUAUUACUCGUCAGAGAAAUUAAUAUAGAACAAAACCAGAUACCGACUGAGAUCUUCAGCAGAGGAUCAAGAUGUUUUGGGGAGGGGGGGGGGGCUGGGGGGGAUUGGGGAGGGCCGUGGUUAAGGUCUCUUAAAAUAUUUGAGGAAAUUGGAAAAUGGUUUUAGCUUCGCUGUAAAAACAAACCCUCUUCCCCAACAUGGAUUUCUUUGAGUUUGGAGGUUCUCUCUUGCCACUGAGAACAGAGGUUCAAACUGGAAUGUGAUCUCAUGCAUUUGAAUGGGAGACCAUCAGAAUUGGAUAGUUCACUGUGGCGGGUAUGGCUUCUUUUCGGUGUGAAGUUGAUUUUUUUUUUUUACUCAACCUACUGCUUGUACUGUAUGAAGCCGCCGAACUACAGAGAGGAUUACACUGUCUGUUCUAUGGAAGAUGUAGAACCGCCUUAAUCAUGCAGAUUUUAUUUAUUUGUUUCUUUUUAAUCUUCUACCUUUUUGUGGUGGAGAUGGAUGGGGUUGGAUUGUGUUUGUGAGGGCGUUUUGAGGAUCAAUAAAGACAGCCUGGACAUAA